UCAGUACAUCUGUUCUCUCCUGUAUGCAAAGUUCUCAUAUAAAUAGGGUACUUUCCUUGACUGAACAUUCAAGUCUUAAGCCACACUCUUAAGUAUUGUGAAUCCGCACUGCUGCAACGUGUCCUGCAAAUUUAUAUUCUUCAGUAACAAAUGGCCCUAAAAGGAAUUCAGACCGGUCUGGUUCUAGUCCUGGUUGUGAUGCUGUGGAGAGGAGCCACAGCUCAAUCAGGUUGCACAAGCGCGCUCCUGGGCUUGUCCCCGUGCCUAAACUUUGUUACUGGGAACUCGUCAACACCAUCAUCAUCAUGCUGCUCCACACUCUCCAACAUCGUUCAGUCACAACCACAGUGCCUGUGCUCGUUAGUAAAUGGCGGUGGUGCCACUCUUGGUAUCGCUAUUAAUCAAACUCUUGCAUUAGCACUUCCUAGUGCUUGUAAUGUGAAGACUCCUCCACUUAGCCGGUGCAAUUCUGCUGCAGAUGCACCAACCUCUUCAGCUAAUACUCCAGUAAGCUCUCCAACAAGUUCCCCAGCAGAUUCAGAGGAUGCCCCUGCUACUCCAACUUCUCCAUCAGCCCCUAGCAUUCCUUCAGGGACUCCAUCAAAGACUGUCCCAACAACUGGAAGCACAUCUGACGGGAGCAUGAUCAAGUUUCCAUUCGAAUUCACCAUUUCUAUACUCUUGAUUGCUGCAUAUGCUUCUUGAUUAUUAUGCUUAUAAGCUUCCGGAGAGAUUUCAACUUUUUUUAUUUUUCGAUUGUUGGUGUGUGAUGAAGGAUUGUAUUCUAUCGAUUGUAUUCUAUCCUCUUUCGAUUUGUUUGUAAUCAAAUUCAAUUCGAGCCUAUUUUAUUUAAGCAUA